AUGUGGACACUGGCAUUUUGCACAGUCAAUGCUUUGGGGUACGACUGCAAGACCCUGCCCUCAGUGGCUCGAAUCUGGAAGUUCAACGUGUGCCGUUUUUGGCUACAGAAGAGGGUGCUGAAUCUGGUCUUGGAAGGAGGGGAAGUGAUGUGGUGGGGAACGCCACAGCAUGUUAGCAGCCGCAGAGCAGAGGCUGCGGAGGCCGAGAGAAUGGCAGCGGCUGUGCCAUCGCUAGGUCCAACACCCAUGGACUUGGAUGUAAAGCAGACUGGCAGUGCUGAGAAUCUCAGCACAGGAAGACUUCGAUCCUUGCUAGCAAGCAAAGAAUGCUGCGAUCUCGUUUUUGUAGCCGGCGAUGAGCACAUUGAAGCUCACGCGGUGGUGUUGGCUGCAAGUAGCUCCAGCUUUUACAACUUCCUGCGGCGGAACCCAGCGCUGGGAAAAGCCGCACCCACGGAAGGGAGUGAUGAGAUGCAGGAGCUCUUCUCCAUGCAGACAGUGCCGGUGCCUCCUGAGACUGGAGGCGAGGCACCCGAGCCUGCAGCCGAGCCGGUGGCGCCUGUUGCGCCGGAGAAGCCGACGGAGACGAAGCCAGAAACCGAAGCGGCUCCCAGCCAGGCGCCAAUUGAGCUCUCCAAGCCAGCAGACGCUGCCAAGGCGGAGAUGAGGAUUCACGUCAAUGGCCUGUCCUCAGAGGCCCUGCAUGUCAUGCUGGACUACAUUUACAACGGAUGUGGUGGUGCCAGCUGGCAGUACGCCGCAACCAACGCGCAGGUGAACAAGGACGUGCUGCGGUUGGCGCGGAAUUUCGGCUUUGGACGACUACACGAGCACGCAGCUCGGUGGCUCGGCACGGGCCUCACAACCGAGAAUGUGCUGGAACGACUGGUAACGUGCGAGGAGUUCGGACUUGGACUUCUCAGGGAGAAGAUCACCGAGAGGUUGGCAUUGAGACCGGCAGAGCUCAUGCAGGUGUGCAGCAGUCCAGAGAUCACAAAGCACCCUCGAAUUCUUCAGGAUCUACUGGUGCAAGUCGCGACGCUGCGGGAUAGGCCGCCACCGGAGAGCGACGUCCAAAGGCCAGAAGCCAAAGAAUCUGAGGAGAAGCCUGACAAGGAGAAGCCGGACAAGCCUGACAAGCCGGAGAAGGCAGACAAGCCGGAGAAGGAGAAGCCGGAGAAGCCGGAGAAGCCGGAGAAGCCGGAGAAGCCCGAGAAGCCCGAAAAGCACAAGGUCAGCAAGGCUGACAAGUUGGCCAAGCAGGAGAAGCCACAGACAGACAAGCAAUCUGCGAAGCGGCGGAAGGCUGGUGCAUGA